UGGAGUGCCUUGAGUGAUUUUCCAACAUCAUGAAUAGGAUGAGGGUAAUCGGUCAUACAGUAUUCAUGGAUCUGAGGUGUGCGACGGAUCCGGCCAGUGCCUGGAAGCUAUCUGUCAUCGAUUUUUUUCCUUCUUGAGAUAGGCAACAUACCGAGGGUUUGCGCUCUAUAGCCCACAAUGAAGAACAGUAAACGUAAAUGGCAAACGCAUGGUUACCAAUCGGAGGGGUUUCACUAACUGACAGUUAUCGACGCAGCUGUCGUAUAGCUCCCGUAUAGGCUAAUGCAUGUAGGAAGCUACGGCAUUUCGCUCAUGUGGGAAAUGGAUCCUAAGGGAUUUCAGUGCUAUUGAUUUGUUGUUCCCUGAGUACUGAUAGUUAGCAUGAGGAUGGGAUGAAGCCCACGACCUAUUUGGCAAUAAGGAUCGUGGUAAAUUGUGAUUCAGCGUCUCGACAUUGAAGUGCUUUGCUGACUAGACGACCGUGCUUUCUGUUUUAUGACAAGCAAGAUGCAACACACGCCGCUGAAGCGAUCGAGACAUAGGCCUACGCCGAAAUUGUUCAGUCACCGAUGGUUUGUUCCUUGAGAUAACCUCGAGCGCUGGUAGCAUACAUCGAGUAGGAUAUAUAUGACGAUAAGGACAGUGGGAAGUUAUAAUUCAUCUGUUUCUCCGAGUGCCGCAGCAACAAUGAGUGAAGAGGGAGGCGAGUGAUGCCUGAUGCUAGCAGCAUCAACAAGGAUUGUGGCCUCUUGGGGAAUGUGCUCAAAGGAGAGAAUAUGGAUCUGUCAUCGAUUUAUAUUUUGGAGAAAGGCAUGAAAUAGGAUGAACCAUUUGUUAAUAUCCUUUAUAAAAAGUACAGCAGCAAACGUAUUGUGUCAUUGAUGUGCUUCUACACAGUCACAAGAAAAUGAAGUGUAGGGGUUACCCACUUUAUCUCUGGUGAUCGAGGACACUCUCGUGUUUCGCAAUGUCUGCUAUAGCAGCAGUCAAUUAAAUCAGGAUUUUGCCGUCGGGGAAAUAAUGUGCCUGACAAGGCUAUAACUCAAGAGGAACUGCUUGUGAGCAUCAUACUCGUGGACCACAUCUGGUGGAUAUUGAUUGAGGUAGCUUGGAAUACAGUUUCAGCGGUAUACCAGAGAGAUGAGGAUCUCAUUUAUUCAGUGUACGUGUUUACCCAUGCUACAGAUUGAAUACAAUUCGUCAUUUUCCUACAGAGGUACAUCUGGAGGCUCAUGAAGACUAGUGCUUGUAACUACCUGCUUAUGACGUUUGACAUUCUAUCAUGGGACAUUUUGUAACAGUAAUUGCAAUAUUGUGCUAAUGUCAGAGAACAUCUGUCAGAAUGCGGAAAACAACAAUGUGAUCGGAAGACCAUCACAAACACGGGUUUUUGAUUGCACCAGAUCUAUGCAAUGGAGAACUCAGUUGAGAAUGCCCUCCUGCAUGAUCGGACUCUUUCAGAGGAAGACGAUGACACUGAUUUGAUUCACGUCAACAUCAGAGGAACAUGCUUCCUCACGCCAAGAGAGACUAUUCUCAAAAUCUCAGACUCUCGCCUAGCUGUUGCACUGAAUACACAGCAAGGAUACAACGACAAACUUUGUGCAUACUACUUUAACCGGGAGCCGGAUCUCUUUAGGAUCAUCCUACAAGCUCACAGCCAGGGCGAGGUGCACAUACCGUCAGAGACGUGCGCCAUCGAAGUACUCAACGAGAUGGAGUUUUGGAACAUUCCUAGGUCGAUGAUUGCACCUUGUUGUACGGGGAAGUGUACAUCAGCUAUUGUGGAGAAGACAAUUGCUCUGACCGUCAGGGAACAAAUACUUGGCAACUUCGAGAAAUCAAUCGGUUGUCUGGAGGAAAGCCAUGGUUGGAGGAGGAGAGCGACGGAACUGUGGGUUUUCCUUGAGUUCCCGGUGUCGUCAGUAAAAGCCAAGUGUUGGUCAGUGUUCAUGGCUUCAAUGGUGAUUCUCUGGACGUUAUUUACCAUGCUCAUGUGCGACGUGAACUUUAGGGAUCCUCUUUCUGCCAACUGGACCCACCCAGUAGACGUAGAUGAUCGAGUUCUCGCAUUGUUCAAGUCAGAAAAGUGGGCGAGACUGUGGCUAUCCCCCUACGCUGGCAAUCCCUACCUCAUUAUUGAUGUUUUCGUAACCCUGAUUAUACUAUUUGAUUUAACAGUACGAAUCGUGACCUGCACCGAGAAAAGGGUGUUUUAUACGUCAGCAAAAUUAGUCGAAGUUAUCGUAGUGUUUCUAAAUGUCACAUUUCAGACAAUGAGCGUCCCGCUUCUGCUGGCUAGGAUCGAGAUUACCCCAAGUUUAAGAUACAUGUUUCUGGGCUACGUCUCAGUUGGGAUGCUAAGACCAUUUCUUAUAAUUCGCCUGUCGAAUGCUUUCGUUGGUCUCAGAGUGCUGAUGAUGGUGUUGGCAAAAAGCGCUACCGAACUCGUGACCAUUAUAUCAUUCAUGGUCUGUGGUGUAUUGUUUUUCAGCGUGUUCAUCUUCCUCGCCGAGCUCGGGACUGAUGGUGUCUUCAUGUCUCCUUGGGAGGGAUGUUGGUGGUCCGUGAUAACCAUGUCAACCGUUGGUUACGGUGACAUGUACCCUCACGGGUGGCCGGGGUACGUCGUAGGUAUAUUUUGUACUUUAUCUGGCAUUAUCAUAACGGGCUUAUCCAUACCGAUCCUGAGCGGCAACUUUAACAGUUAUUACAACCAUGUGCAUAUGGCAAUGGCAGAGAUCCGGGAGUAUAUGAACAACAACAGAAUCACAUGAACAGAUCUAGUGAAGAGAUAUGGGUAUGCAUUGGCAUGUUGUUCUAAGAAAAAAAGAAAGCGUGAUGAAAAGAAAACACACUUCGUCAAGAACCCAAGCCUGGUCUGAGAAAGAGUUAUGUACUAGAGAUAAAUAUACGUAACUUCGACAUGUUCUAUCAACGUCGAUGGAACACUGUGCUUCCAUCUGAAAUCUGGGAAUUAAACCACUCUCUUAAUGAGAAUGGUGGUCGUAGGCAGUGGUACUUUCAAAUCAAACAAAAUCAUAAAGUAGGUAUCAAAGGUUUUAAGAGCAGGACAACUGCAUGUUCUCUCUUUAUAAACCUAGUAUGAAGUAGUAUAAAUAUCUUCUCUGGGAUCGAUCAACGACUGUGCCUUUCUGACCCCAGAUUAGCAACAACACACAAAACAAAUCGGACAUUACAUCAUGAACCAUCGCCGGCUUCUCAUGUGGUCAAUUUACAGUCGUACGAGAGGACAAACAGGAGGCCUUUGAUCAAGUAGGCCAUUCAUGCCACAUGAAGGAUUAAAAAUAAUAUGGUUCCGCCGUUGAUUGAUCUCGAAAAGAUUUAUGGAAGGGUUGGGAAAGUCACCUUAUUGCCCUUUUGAAAAAAACCAUACGCCAAUCCUGUAUGUUUUGUGAAGCAAGAAUGAUGGAUUCUGAUUGGCCAGUUCGUCGAGCAGGUGUGAAGAAAAUCACAUUAGUUCGUGACGCCGCCGCUAAUCUGGCGAGGAGCGAGCGGUGUAACGUUUUUGGUUGUUACCCAAUGGGGAUAUCUCAUUGUUUACACACAAUAGACAGCCAGAGAACAUGGCUUUUAACUAAUUGGAUUGUAUCGUUCUGUAAAUUGUAAAAUGCUCAAUAGUUCAUUCUUCAUUCUACUCGAUAAAGAUAUUCUGAAUGGUUAUGCAAUAUGUUACAAAUUUUAUUCGUCUUGAUGCAUUGUAUGUCGUAAUAUUUGCAUCUUUACACCCAAUUUUUAAUCAACAUAAUAUUUUUGAGUAUUCUUGGAAUCUCUCUAUGUCGUGAUUUUUGCAUAAAUUGUUUACAUUUUCACUGCACAACUUGCUAAUAAAAACAUUGUUGAUUGUACUUUUGUUACUGGGCUUUUUUUAGCUUUGGGGCCUGGUAAGAUAAGAAUAAGAUUCAACAUAGUGGAGAUUCUCCUGAUACAAACUCGUCCUAAAAAAAUGAUCUGCAAUGUUCAGGUGUGUAAUACAUGUAACAUUAUAGGGUUUUGUUUGAUGAAAAUUGGCGAUUUUACAUUUGGAGGUACAUGAAAAGUUCAAGUAUGUUUUUCUUAUUUUCGGGUAAUGUUAACUAUUACGCCGAAGGGUGAGUUUCACACAAACAAAAUUAAAAAAGUUAUUUUAUAAUUCUUUGAAAAAAACUAGCAAAACAACAUUAAUGUAUGUAAAAGCAAAUCACUUUUAUGAACUUGAUUAGAUUAAGUUCGAAUAAAAGUUAAUUCACUUGACAGUUGUCAACUACCUAAUUGAAUUGGAAUAUUACGAUAAGGAAUGUCAAGAGUAAAAGCGGCAAACGGGCUAGACAAAAUAGCGACAACAAUUCUUUACUUGGAGUAAUAACUCAGUUAUUAUCGAAUUUAAAAAGAACUAUACAUUUGAUUGAAUAGAAAAUCGAUCCCAGUAGCGGGUGAAGUGAGUGUCAUGCAGCGUUUCAGCUGUUAAAUCCCUCCCUCAAAUCCACUAGGGGUACUACUAACUAAGGAUGGGUAUUUUGAGGGAACAGCAACGUAAUAUCGACUUGGUGUCGACUAUCGACACAAUGGUGUGUGUGGUAGUGGGAUUAGGUCUUAAAAUAUGGUUCAGAAAAUCUUGAAAGGUAUUCCAACUGCUUUU